AUGCCGCCCGGAGGGGGGCGUCUCUCGGUGCCCGCACUGCCGGGAGCGCCUGAACGCCCUUCCUGGGCGGCGGGCUGUGAGAAGGUUCACUGGCAACUUGGACGAGCUUUUGGCCGACCUUGUUGCCAGCCAGUGGACCGCACCUUGGUUGCAGAACUGCUUUCGUUGCUCCUUCUGCUGCUGCCUUUGCCUGUUACUUGGCCUGUUGCUUGGCCUGUUGCUUGGCCUGUUCUUUUGCCUUUUGCUUGGCCUGUUGCUCGGCCUGGUCUGUUGCUUGGCCUGUUCUUGUGCCUUUUGCUUGGCCUGUUGCUUUGCUUGUUGCUUGGCCAGUGGCUUUGCCUGUUGCCUGUUUGGGUUUGGCGCCUGUGCCGGUUGCUUUGGGUGUUGCUCUCGUGUUGUUCUGGCCCUUGGCUGCUGAUUGUUUGGCUUACUUUGGCUGGAAUUUUCUUGACCCAGGCAUUUCCAGACGGUGGCCAGGAUCAAGGAGCUCGCCCUGAGGAGGACUUGCCUGAGGACUCCGUGUGCGCUGAUCAGGACGGCGCUGUGGAUGCCACGCCCGCCGGACCCGCCGCGGACCCACACGUGAGCGAGGAUGCCCCGAGCGCCAGCAGUGUGCCACCCACAGAGGAGAGCGAAGAUUUGAGGCCACGUCGCUGCUGGUGCUGCUGGCCUCCACCUCAGUGUGGCAGCGCCAUGCAAUGCUUUAACUUGAUAGACAGACUGCGUGAGUUGAUUCUGGUUCUUCAUGGCAUCCGAAUUGGAAGGUUUCUGGAGUGGACGGCUUUGGGUGGCGCCGCCGGUACCAUGAAAGGAGGUGUGGCAACAACGCAGCUUUGGCCGCGCAUGCGUCUCUGUUGGUUGCAACUCAAACGACAGAACUGUUUGCGGAGGUCUGGCUUGCGUACUCCGACGACAGCAGCACCAAGUGCAAGUGACACUUCAUCGCCUGAGCAGUUUGCUCUGGAAAAUGAUACUGAAAGCUCUGAAAGCAAGGGAUUUGCAGGGCUGGAUGCCUGCGCGGAUCAGGUGCCCACUCGCCUACUGGUGAAGUUUGAGGACAUUGGGCAACACAGAAGUUGCCCUUUCCAUUUGAUUGACGCGGAACUCUUUGGUUUGCUUGAUGUCAGGAGCAUCUUUGGCUUGUGUUGCACUUCUCGCGACGCCUACCAGCCGAAGGCACUUGCCUUGCAUCUAGUGGAGAUAGCAGAAGAAGUCCGGCUUGACAGGUACCACGCUCUUGCCACAUUUGAAAGAGGUCUUGAGCCAAGCGAGAACAACCCGGGGCUCUUGUCCAAACAAAAGUAUGGCAUGAAGUAUUUGGUCGAAGGUGUGAAGCGAUGGCUGCAGUAUGCGGCCAGUGACGUCAUGCAGUUUGUGCAAAAGGUGGUAGCUGACACCCUGCAACCUGCUGUGAGGGAAUCGGCAGCGGGCUUGCUUGCCGGCCUUGCCGUGUACGGCAACCGAAAUAGCCGGCGCUGCAUGGCCCGCAACGUUCUGCCCCUGCUGCAAAUUUCUUCGACUCGUCGUUUGGGCUUGGGCAUCCUUUGUGAUUGCAAGUACGACUUGGGGCGUCAUGGAGGUGACAUAGUGAACGCUUUGUGCGACAUUGUUUCGAAAGAAAGCAAACACAAGGAUCACUACCAGGCCUUCAUAUACCUAGAGCAAAUCCUCAAGCAUUCGCCUUCUCCUGGCAAGAUAUACCCACAAGCUUGGGUCUUCUUGAAUUCAUUCUUGCGGCGCUCGUCCGCAUUUCUGAAACCCAGAGUGCGACACCUUUGGCUCCUGCUUGGUUCCACUUGGUCCAGAAGAGCACCCGCGGAGGAUUGCUUCGAAUAUUAUCCUCGUUCUCCAUUCUGGUGGCUCACAUCUCAUGCUGAGCGCAAGCGAAUGGUGGAAGAGCACAGACAGAACUGUAUGGGGAGAUGUCCCAAAGGUCGUUUUGCACUCAGCAAAGAUUUUUGA